GUGGUUGGUGGUGGUGGUGGUUGGUGGUGGUGGUGGUUGGUGGUGGUGGGGACAAAACAGAAAAACCCGGCGAGGUUCCGCCACCCGAGGGGGUCUCCGCCGUCACCGCCACGACCACCGACGGUGACUGCGCCACUUGCCCUGAAGAGCGACUUGGCAAUGCACACAGUUCCGGUUACUGUGUAAAUCCAUUUAACAUAUAUACACACAGCAACACACAGUACAACAACAACCAGAAGUACCGUCGUCGUUCGACUCGGUGAGAUCGCGGCAUGAGGGCCGUGGUCCUGGCUGCGGGCUACGGCACGAGACUGGAGCGGGACGUCCGCGCGGACGUCACUGGUGUAUACUCCCACUUGCUCGGCUGCCCCAAGCCUCUACUGCCAGUGGGGGCCCUGCCCCUAGCCUCCCACUGGAUGCGGGCACUGGGGGAGGUCAACGCACGUGGCCGCCAUAUCGAGCACGUCUACGUGGUGACGAAUGAGCUCUUCCAUGCUAAGUUUAAGGCGUGGGCACAAGAUUACGGUUCUUUCGUGACCGUUGUAAAUGAUGGCACCACUCAAAAUGAGGAGCGGCUGGGGGCCAUCGCUUGCCUCCAGCUGGUUGUUGAGCAGUGUGGCCUGCAAGAAGACCACACCAUCGUCAUAGGGGGGGACACGCUUUUCUACGAAGACUUCAAUCUUUCCGCCGUGAUCGACCGCUUCUUGGGUCUGCAGGAGCACAGAGGGCCCGACUGCAGCCUGGUGCUGUCCUACUCCUGUGCGGAUCACGAGACCACUAAGUUUGGCAUUCUGGAGGUGGACGAGACGCAGAAGGUGACGGCCUUCUUGGAGAAACCCAGCGCUGAGGAAACCAGCUCACGGAGAGCGUGUCCGUGUUUUUAUGUUUAUUCUAAACAUGCCCUGCCAUUGCUGAAAGACUUCCUGCAUGAGACGAAGGAUGCUCCUCUGGAAGCACGCGAUGCUCCUGGAAACUUCCUGGCGUGGCUGUAUCCAAGGAAACCGGUGUACACGUUUGAGGUGUCGGGGAGGUUUGACGUGGGCGGACUGCAGUCCUACCUGGCCUGUCACAAGCACUUUGUCGACAGGGACGUUUCUUUCGGCAACGCACAGGCAGAUGCUGCCACCUAGCUGCGAUGGGUCAGAGCAUGGCACGCAGCAAGGAGCAGCACUCAACGUGUGGAUGGCGGAUAGCUCUCUCCAGUAAUUUAAAGGAAAAAACACGGAACGAGCGUUACUGAAAUGGAAAUACUUGUCUCUAAUUUAUACAAUAAAACAUGAAUGCGACACGCCAACUCCACUUAAGUCUUUUAAAAGAAAACUGAGGAUAAAAGGCUUUCCCCCUCUGCAGCGCAUUUAACCUAAUGGCUGUUAUGGAAGGCAUUUUUACACUCAAUCAUUUGUCAGUAUGCAUUAAUGUAAAAAAAGCCACGACGGACACUAUUUUCAUGCAUUACAUAUUGCUGUUAAAAGUAUUCCUGUCAUCCAAUAAAUAUACUAAUUCGA